GGCCCGGGGCGGGCUGCGGGCUGCUCCGUGCCCCCGGUACUGGCACCGUGCGCGGAGCGGGGCCCUCACGGGGCUGGCGCUGGAACGCGGCGAGGCAGCUGGAAGUGUGGGGGAACGUGGGGUGCUUUGGCAUUUGAAACAGAGCCAGGCAAGCACUAGCUGAGCCUUAACGAGAGCGAGCGAAAACCAGAAGGAAAUGUUUAACAACAGUUCAUCCUAGGAAGCAUUGCAUCGCUUGUCAUUUUAAGCAAUUCCCCGAAUGAAGCAGGGCGUUUCCUCCACAAGCCGUCCCGCACCUGCCAGCAGCUCCAGGUGUCCCCAGCACGGCCCCUCCUCGUGCUCCCGUGCAGCACCAGCCCCACGGCCAGCUGCCAGGACACGGGGCGUGGUGCCAAGCCCAAUGCCGGCUGCCUGUGGGUCUGCCCAGCAGGGCCACAGCUCUCAUCGCAGUUAUCGGCUGAAACAAAAGGCUUUGGAGCAGCACCUUUUAGCUACAUCAGCCGCUUCUUGAGGAAGGAAAACCACGGUGGUCUGGAGAUCUUUGAGCUUCCCUGGAUGUGCGUGGCCGAGUGGUGCCGGCAGAUAACGCCUGGAAGCACGCUGCAUCCUCGCCGGGGGUGCCUGGGCUGCUCCCUGCACUGUGCUGGGCGUUAUCUCCCCCCGCAGCCCCACAGCCAAGCCCCGCGCCUGGGCUGCGGAUAAGGAGCUCCCCCCAGGUGAUGGGAGCCUUUGCCCUGUGCCUCACUCCUUGCAUAGCGCAGUGUGCCAGCAGCUGGACUUGUUCGGGUGCACUCAGGAUGAUGGACCAGCAUUUCCUUUUCCUUUUCUUCCUCUUCUUCUGUCCCCAUAAAUGCCAAAGUCAAACCCUGGGUGCAGAUCCAUAUGAAAUGCCCAAGGAUUACCAGGAGGUCUACAGAGGAUCCAAAAAUGAUGUCAAAGAGAUCCCAAAGAUCGCAAAGUCUUUCAUUUCUGAGAUGAUCUUUGUGCAAACCAGCAUCACUGCCAUAAGGAAAGGCGCCUUCAGGUACAUGCCCAACCUGACCAAGAUUUUAUUUAUCGGCAACAAUAUCAAGACAGUUGAACCUGGGGCCUUUGAUGGUUUGGAGAAACUGAGGGAUCUGGAAAUCUCUGGUGCCUCCUUAGAAGAACUAGCUGUGGGCACUUUCCAGAACCUUCCAAGCUUGCAGAGGCUGGAGCUGAGAGACAGCCACAUCAGCCACAUCCCCAAAGGCCUGUUUGAAGGGCUGGAGAAUCUGGGAGAGCUGUCCCUGCACAUCAAUGCCAUCCCUUCUCUUCCAGAAGGUAUUUUUGAUUCUCUUGCCAAUCUAACAUUUUUGGACCUGGCUAGAAACAGGAUCACCGUUCUGCCUGGAGAUGCCUUCAGCAAACUGCCCCGGCUGCAGGUCCUGCGGCUGUAUGAGAACGAGCUGCAGGACCUGCCCGAGGGGCUGCUGGCUGCUCAGUGGGGGCUGCUGGAGCUCAGCCUGCAGAGGAACAGGCUCAGGGUGCUGCCACCCAUGCUCCUGAGGAACCUGACCUACCUGGAAAAACUCCUCCUGGACAACAACUUCAUCAGGGUUCUCCCGCCCCAGAGCUUCUUUGGUUUAAACAGAUUGAAGCUGCUGACUCUAGGUUCAAACCACAUUACGGAGCUCCCCUGCUGCCUUUUUGACACCAUGCCACACCUCUGGGAGCUGGACCUGGGUAGGAACAGUUUAGCCGCGCUUCCGGAUGGCAUCUUUGUCAACCUCACAUCUCUUGGCAAACUCAUCUUGUCUCACAACCAGCUAGCAGCCCUGACAAGAGGGGUCUUCACCGGGCUUGACAAGCUCUCAGACCUCCAGCUGGACGCAAACCAGCUCUCUGCUCUGGAUGAUGAGGUCUUUGCUGCUCUCCCAAAUCUGAAAACCCUCAAUCUUCGAAUGAACCAGCUAGAGAGUAUCCCCCGAGGACUCUUGGACCCCCUGAAAAAGCUCAGCUCACUGUAUCUGAGUGGCAACCCAUGGAGAUGUGACUGCAGUCUCUGUUACCUGCACAGCUGGAUCCAGGGCAACAGUGAGAAAGUUAAACUGUCCUCCCAAGUGUCAUGUAAGACUCCACCUCACCUGGCAGGGCAAGCAGUGACAUCACUGAGGGGAAACCAGUUAAUCUGCCCAGCUACUCUGCCUCCAUCAGCUGCUCUCACCCCAUCUCUACUAUUCACCUCCACAUCAUCACAAAGGAUGCCACCCUUGCUGCCGCCUGAAGCCUCACCCACCUCAGCACAGACCACACUGUCAUCGGUGGCCUUUCCCAUUAUGGCAUUGCCAACUGUGCCAUUGCCUAUGGCCACCUCCUUGAUGUUUCCAGCCAUGCCAGCAGAGGGCUUCAUCACUGCUCCGUCACCAACCAUGCUGUCUAAAGCCUCCAUUGCCAUGCCACCAUCAACCAUUCUACUCAAGAUUUCUACCACUGCUCCAUCACCAACAGUGCUGCACAAGGCCUCCAACACCACCCCAUCACCAACAGUGCUGCCCAAGAUCUCUGUCACCAGCCCAGAGCAUGCACUAUCCGCUCUAGCUCCCACCACCCCACCAAUUCCAAACACCAUGCAGGCAGCUACAGCCCAACAAGUGCCUCCUGCUCUUCCAGCACCCACACAGAGACCAGCAUCCCCUGUUCCCCCCCUGCGAGGCAACACGAGCUCCCAGCCAGCCUCCCCACCCACAGCUCCAGGUGGACAUCACCACAGAGACUUCCCCCUGUGGGCCAACCCACGGCACUGCCGCAUCUCCCUUGCCCUCGGGCUGGCUGUGCUGGUGCUGCAGGUGGGUGCCGUGCUGCUGGGGGUGAAGCUCACCCUCGUCCUCUACCAUGCUGCCCAUGGCCACGACCACCCCGUGCCACCAGUGAGGCUGCUGAGUGUCCAAGCGCUGGAUGCUGCCCACCCAAGCCGGACUGCAGAGCCGCAUCGCAGCAGUACAGUCCCCCAGGGGCAGGCGUAGCAGGAUUCAGGAGGUUUUGGGGUCCCUCCCAGGCGGCGCCUGGAGAUGCUGUGAGCCUGGGGAAUCUGAGCACGGUGUCACGGCCCGACGGGACCUUCUACCAAGCGACACUAGGUGGCAACCCGACACAGGCAGUGGCUGCCACCACUUGCCCGCGGCCGUGCGGGACCACCUGGGCCAGAAGGCAUCGCACUGAGGCUCUGCAAACCCUGCUCCAGGGCCAGCCGGGGGCCCUCCUUGGGUCUGCCACGGGGUGCCCACUUCGGGGCACGGGCUGGAGGCUGGUGGGGAUCCUGCUGAAUCUCCCCAUUGCUGGCAGCUGCCUGCGUAGUGCAAGGCAUCCCAGCUGCUUCCCUGCCCGGCACCAUGGGACGUGCCAACAGUGGUAUACCCACACAACGCUCUGACCUCUUCCCUGAUAUUAAAGCCUUCCCAGCAGCUCUGUUGUGCACAAGCAGAGCAACAUUUUCAUCCCGGGGCUGUCUUGUUGCUUCAGUGGGGAUUUUCCACCACCCACUGCAGCAUGGGGUGCCCAGCUGGUGCUGAUGGUCAGAGGAUGGGGCAGCAAUAGGCAGCGGCAUGGUGAGAAAAUAGAGCUGCAACUGUAAAUCUUGCGUUCCAGACCCCGGGGCAGCUUCUUGCUGACACUGUGCCAGAGUAAAGCAGGGAAUGGUGCUUUGCAUUAGGGCGCAUACCUGUGGCUGUGCACUAGGGACUUGGAUAUCCGCUCUGCUGGGCCUGUGCAGUGUUACUGCUGCUCAGCUGCUCCUUGAAGUCCCGACGAUGGCUGUGAAAUACGGGAGGUGAGUGCGGGGCAGCACAUCUGUGCGGGACAGAGUGCGCAUUGCCGGAGCCUGGCACUGCUCUAAUGAGACGCAGAUGAGGGAAGGGAGUGUGUUUCCUGGCAGCCCGUAUGGGCUCUGCUCUGUGCUUGAUUUAGAGGGUUUGAAAGCAGGGCCGGCUGCCGGGGAUGGCAGGGGGGCUCCUUGGGUUUGGGGAUAUUUAAUGGCCUGAUACAGCCUAAACAGGGAAGUGCUUGGGGGCGAGAUUAGCACAACAUAAUCACAUCUUAAAAGGUCUUCGGAGACACAAGGCACGUCUGCUCUCCUAUUAAUUACUGUUAUCCAUGAAGAUGUGGUCAGGCUGGAGGUGUUUGGCCGUGGAUCCGUGCAUCCGACAGCAGCACCCCUACAGCCACCCUCCUGUGCUCCAUAACAUCCCAGCAGGAUUGUGCCUUCCCGGCACCCAGUACACCCAGAACACCUCUGAUGUCCAGGCACCAGGAGCUGCGUGCAGGCUUUGGGCAGGGCGAGCCUAGCACAUCUUCCCCCGGCUCUCCCGGAGGGGCGGAAGCUGCCUGUUUGUUUAAGGUGCAAAGGAGCGAUGUUAAUCUGCGGCCUGUUUGUAUUUCUUCAGAGUGCCCGUGUGCGAGGGGAGCAGGGAUGGGGUCUCCCCUUUGUGCGGGGGCACAGCCACGCUGUUUGAAGUGGAGGUGAGAAAACACGGCGGGGCAGAUGGAACCUGCUUUGGGAGUGAAAGAUUUUUUUCGGCUAUUUAUGAUAAUUAGUGGGAAACGCUCCUCAAGCGUUUCAGAUGAUUCUGUAAUGAAGUCGGGCCCAAUGUUCCCGCUUUGUUCCCGCGGAACCAUUAAAAAUCCCCCUUCUUUGGCCGCCUUAAUGCAACGCUGAAAAGGCACAAUGGCAUAAAAGUGGCCCUGGGCAGGGCGGAACGCCUCCUUCCCCCGUGAGGGAGAGCCCUUUGGAGCCCAGAUUUUCUGGGCUGUAAACCCUGGUGCUCACAGCUCUGCUCUAGUUCGACUGGAGCGAAGCUGCUGUGUUCCAACAGAGCCCCAGAAGCGGUGACAGCAUCAGCUCCGUGGGCUUCCAAGGAGAGGUUAAGGGCCAGAGCAUUGCUCCCCACGCCGCCUGCCCCGGCCCUAAUCAAGUCCUCGCCCCGGACCGUGUCUGAGGCUGCUUUCAAUGUGGGGGAAUUUGCAGACAAAUUUCUACCAGCAGGAUGCUGGGGCUCUGCUGCGUGGCAGGAUAAAGAUCGCUGCUGCCCCAUGCAGCCCCGCAGACCUGGGGCUGUCAUUUGGGGCAGUGUGGGAACGGGGCAGGAGGCUCUCAGAGUGGGAGCUAUUCUUUUCCCCAAGAUAAUGCACAGCGACACAAUGAGCCCAUUUGUGAAUGGCUGGGACCAUUACCUCUGCGCUCCUUAGCGUGGGCCCUGAAGUGCCACUUGGACUGUGAUGCCUUUGCCAAUGCUUGUGUCCCUCCUGGCAAUAUUUUGGGACAAAUAUCUCUAGAAACACAGUGUGCUUCCUUUGGGAACUGGGGUGCAGGUGCCUCCCAGCUCAGUUUGCAGGCUAUGGUGUCACCACAGGGACCCACCAUACCCAGCAGUCCCAACACAUCAUUCCCUCCUUGAUUUUAUUCCAUCAUGAUUUCCUCCCCUAGGCCAGGCAACCAAACCCUUCCUCAGCAUCUGGGUCCAGGAGCCUAGGUAGAACCGUGGGUACGCAUCCGACCCUUCCCAUUGCGGGUGCAGCAAGCGGCACGGCGCUGACCCCGCGGUGCCACCACUACCUGCUGCUCGCCACAAUGGCACCACGGCAAUGAGAAAGGGCUGGGAGCAUAAUGAGGCUGCGAGCACUGCUCUCUUCAGAGAGCCGAGUCAACUCCUCAGGAAGAAAGGAAGGAGGAAAAAAAAAAGAUGGGGGGGGAAAGACCCCCCCCCCCCCUUGGAUAAUAAAGAAGUAACAAAUGAAGAAUGAAAGCCUAUAGAAGGCGUCUUAACCCAGCGAAGAAAAAAAAUGUCAACAUCUGUGGAGCUGUCUGCAAAAACAGACCCAAGCCCUAAUGAAUACCCUCUAGAAAAGGCAUUCACUCGAGGAAAGGCAAAAGGCUACAUUUUUCUAUGGAGGUAUAAAGAUUUUGAUGAAUCUGCCCUUUCCCUUUCCAGUGCAGUUGAACCAAGCGCUAAUGUUCAUCUUCAGCUGUAUUAAAGGAUCUGGAGGGGGCAGAGGGAGGAAGAGUCCUGAUCUGAAAGCUCACGAGGAGGGUGGAUUUAGGGAGCCCGCAUGGAUGUCGGAGCACUAUGGCAGGGAAGAAAAGCAACAGGCAUUAGAGAAAAUACUGUUUAACAAGAGUUUCUUUAGUCAGUCCAUUCGGGCAGAGAUCGGCGUGCCAUAAAUGUAAUCCUCUUAGUGCUGACUUCAACGUGUUUGUACAAAACAGGGAAAUAUAAUAUGAAUGUAAUAGUCACGUUUCCUAAAAUGCUUAAUAAAAAGACAAAAGUUCUUUAUUUAGAUCUUCAGCUCCAGUGCAGGGUGGGGGCACAGCAGACGUGUUCUUGGAAGGCUGCUUGGAAGGGAAAAGCUGUGCGGAGCGUGGCUGUGCUGUGGCUGUGCCGUGCCAUGGUGCGUCAUGCCAGGCUGUGCCAUGCCGUGUCAUGCUGUGCCGUGCUGCGUCAUGCUGUGCCAUGCAGUGCCCACCUCACCAGCCCCAGGCAAGGAGAGCUGUGGUGGCUCUGAGCCCACUGAUGCUCAGGAGCUGCAGCUGGUGAACACGCUGCACCGUGGCAAUGUCUUCUCAUAAGGCUGCUUGUUGGGACUGCAGUGGGAAAUGCCUGUCAGACCUCCCCAGACAUCUCCUGGUGGUGUAGUUCUCCAUUUGGAAAGCUGUUCCACUGAAGGCAAAGAGUUGGAGGUAACAGGUUUUCUUCUGUUGAAUAACCAUGGGAACGAUAGACUGAAGGGCAGUGUUUGGGUCUGACUGAGAUCUCUAAGCACACUGAUACCACACAGCUGUAUCGGCUGAUAGAACUGCGCUAGGUUAUUUUCCAUGUGCCAUGCUGAUAUUUCACAUUGUGAGACACCAGCACCACGGGAGGAAGGCUCAGCGACACAACCAGCUCGGCUCUGCGGAUCUACUGUUAAACAUUUCUGUCCCUCCACGAAGUCACCUUCCCCACCUUUCUUCUGACCUGGGACAGCAGCAAUACGAUGCUGGGUGUCAUGUGCUGGGGCGCAAAAGGACAACUGCAAACGUGUCGUCCUAAGAGUGACAGCAGAGCUUCCAAGCCCCACGUUUCCUCCCUGCGCAGGUUCCUGAGCCUCGUGCACUGAGAGCACGUUUCUGCACAGCAGUGCCGUUCCUACACCGGGAACAAGGCACUUUACAACCCCAUAAACCCCACAUCCUUCUGUGCAGGCUGCUCUGACGUGACGCUAAUGCCUACAAGAUGUGCAGCUCUGCGGGACGGCCCCGGUGCCCCACGCCACAGCAAAGGGCUCGUGUUUUACAUCACUCUGCGCUGCAGCCUUGGCUAAUUAAUCCCAGGGAUGAGCCUCCCGCUAUCAGGCUGCUCCCUGUCCCCCGUUCUGCGCUGGCGCUGGAGGCACCACAUUGAGUGCCAUAGGAGUGGGCUAAACUGCUGUAUCCCAAUGUGUCCCGCCGUGUCCCUGUGGAUUCUGGUGCAUCCCGCUGCUCACUGGGUGCACGGCCGGGGGAACGCAGCAUUGUGUCACAGCGCGUUGUGAUCACGCAGCGCGGCUAACGUGAUUUCCAUCCCAUAUUCGA